GGUCCAAAACAUCUUGGAGCAUGUUGGUACUCCACAUUUGUCCCUGAAAAGUUCUACAAGAUGCACACCCUGGAAUCAUGGAGCCAUGAUGUGCAUCCUUUUGGUAGACUGAUCAUCAAUGUGCCUUUUAAUGUAAAGGUUGUUCCUGUCAAUGCAGAAGAGUUUCCAUUUCAAGACAAGGCAUUCCUGGCCCUGUACGCAGACACAGAGAAGGGGCAUGCCAUGAUUGAUGUCAUCCAAUGGAAUCAGUUCUUUAAAUGCCACGUGGAAGUUCGAGAUCACGAAAAGGAACUUCUCUUCAAUGGCAUGAUAACGGAGGACGGUCACAAGGCAUUUCAACACAAGAAUAUCCCACUAGAGUGUCUCAUACAGGUUCCUGUAAAAUUUGGUGUGAGUCUCCACGUUCAGGAGGAAGGAAAUGCAGAUGUAGAAGACAUGGAAUGUCACCAGGUUCACAUAAACACACAGAAUGGAGACACCUUACUCAAAAAUUUAAAAUGUGGAACAGUUCAUGCACAUAGCUGGACUGGGAACAUCAAAUGUGUGUCUUCACUUCAGGGCAACAUAGAGCUCAAGACAGGGAAUGGAGGGGCCAUCAAAGCAGACAAACUUCAGGGUCAACAUGUUCAGUGUAAAACGCAGGAUGGCACCAUCCAGGUCAAAUCAGUCUAUGCAGACGAUGCCAACUUCUGGUCGCAAAGUGGCGCCAUCUAUCUUGGCAGUGUACAUGGAAGCACUGUAGUAGACGUACACAAUAAGGGAGAUGUUAAAAUUGAUUCUCUGGAUGGCAGCUUGAAUGCCCUUAUGAAAGAAGGUAAUCUUGCUGCCCACAUCACCAGACAUGAAGAGGUAACAGUAAGGACAGGCAAAGGUGACAUCUCUUUAGACCUUCCUGUCAGUGCUAACACCAGUCUAGAGUUGUUGGGGAGUCAGGUGGAGGUGGAUAAGGCACUCUCUGUGGAGAACGUGGAGGAAAAAAAGGAAGGAAAUCUGACAAAAUUUACAGGCAAGAUGAACUCCAGUGGAAAAGGCAGUGUCAAGUCAGAAGCACGCGAUGGGAAAAUUGUUGUCACUGCUAAAGAUUGGUUUGAAUCCCUCAAUCUGAGUAAAAAGUGAACACAUAUAAAAUUAUCCACUCGCUCAAUGUAGGAUCACAUUGAAAGUAGUGUGGAAUUUAUUCUGAUGGGAACUCUUUUGAGAUUAGAACUAUUAUUGCCAGAAAUAAUGUUUUCAGUCAAAAGGGAUGAAUUCAGAGAGGGUUUAGGAAUUACUUGUAGUUUGAAUCUUCCCUGAAUAAGGUUUUAAGUAUAAAAUAUUGUUUGUUUAUUUAUUUUUCUACUUUCUUAUAAAAACAAAUCCCAAUUUAUUAAAACCAAAUUAUGGAGAUUUUGCAGCAAUGGACAUGGGGUGUCAAACAGAGCCGUUUAUCUAGAAGCCCCAGAAUCGGCCCCUGCUAGAUUUUUCUGUCUGAUUGAAUCUUUUUGCUGCUAGAACAUCUUGAUAUUUGUACCAAAAUCAAAUCUAAAAAGGCAGAAGUCACAGCAUGCAGAUGUAUAUAGACCAUUCUAUCAGAACCUGGCAGUUUUUUUAUGAGUGUACUCUGGGUAUUUAAAUAUCUUGAAUAACAUGAGCCAAAACAUGUAGACCAUUUUAUCAGGUCCUGGUGGGUAACAAGUGUGCACUUAAUAUCUAAUUGUUUUGUUUUUUAACUCUGUAUCCCAGAAAAAAAUGUGUUUGAUAGACAACAGUUAUCUCAGGUUUUAUCUGUCUAAUUACUUCAAAUACACUCCAAAACAGAGUAUCGGGAUAGGAUGUAUAGAUGUAUGAGACAAUACUAGUAUGUAUGCUGGCAGAAAAUAUCUGAAAGAUGACCUGGUUGGUGUGCCUGAAAUGAGAAAUGCACUGCAAUACAAUGAAACACGGUACAAUACACUAGAAAAAAAGGAGUCCAGUCACAAGUUAACACAGGAAACAUUCUUUCCCAACAAAAUAGGGUGAUAUAAAAGAAUUAAUUGGUAGGUAAUUAAUAUUUUUGAUAAAACCUAACAUAUUGGCAUGACUUGAUUAUCGUUGGGCCGCAUGCCAUGUUAGCAAGUGGCUAUUUUUGACAAUAUGGCAGAUGACCUGAUGAUAAAUAAUGCCAAAUGGUGCAUAUUUUUGUGUGCAGUAUUGUAGUGUAUUGCACAUUUUUGGCACACCCCCUAAUCAUUGAUAUUUUGAGAUAAUUUUUAAAUGGUAAAGCUGUCCAAAAAUUUUGUUGGUUUUAUUGGCAAGAAAGUAUAUAUUGGACUUGGUAAAUGAUUAUGAUUUAUUAUAAAUCUAUUAUUUAUUCUUGUGUGAGUGUGACUGUUUCAAUUGAAAUCAAUCCUAGAUCCAGAAAUUAUACCUUUUUUAUUGGCAUAUCAUGAUAUUUUUAGUGAGAAUUGGAGAUGGGUUUGCCUACUAUGCUAUAAUUGUUUGGUAACAGGUGGACCAUAAUAUUAUACAUUAUUUUGUCGUUAAUGUGCAAGCAA